UUUUAUAAUGCACAAUUACGCUAUGUAUGUGGUUGCUAUGUUUUGAGCAAAUUAAACAAGGUAUUAUUUUAUAGUUAACUCAAGCAACAAUCUUUAUUCAUUCACAUAAAUUGAGAACACCAUCAUAAACUUCAUCCUCAUUCACCAUCACCUUCUCCAAGUUCAACCUAUUAAAAAUGGAAAUAAAGAGAUACUUAAGCAGAAGGGGCUAUCGGCGUCUCGACUAUGGCACAACCACCACCGGCCAACGGAAGAAGAUACAGAUCAUACGGAUGAGAGGUCCACAUAGAGAUUGGAGGAUAAGAACAAGUCCAAAGCUGAGAUGGAUGAUAAGGUCACCAUUGAAGUUGGUGACGAAGGUUAAGAGUAUUUAUAUGAACUUUAUGUUGAAGUUGGCUGGUAACGUAGGAGGGUCCUUGAACACUGAUAACAAAUUUGGUGUGAAAAAGACUUUAAAGGCUCGUCAAGGGUCUUCUAAAGGUUAUUCUGGUGAUGCAUUUGAGGCCAGGCUUAUAUUUGAGAUUUCCAAGACUUUGGUUGCUUCACACGAACUAUAUUCCAUAUGAUUGUUUGAUUCUUUUUGUUUUCUUAAUUUUAUUGUAAGAAUUUCCAUGUGAUUCCCCACCCAAUGAAUUCAAUUGUAUCAUAGUUUUGACUGCAUAAUUGUGUCUUUUCUCAUGAA